AACUUACAAAUAUAUUGCUGAAAGCUCAACGGACUCUGAAACCUUCUUUGCAUCAACAAUGGCGAACUUCUUUUCUUCUCGCGAUUCAUGUCCUGCGGUUAAGAACAUCCUUCUUCUAGAUUCUGAAGGGAAGCGUGUAGUGGUGAAGUAUUACUCAGAUGAAUGGCCAACAAACAGUGCAAAGUUAGCAUUUGAAAAAUCUCUUUUCACAAAAACUCUGAAAUCAAAUGCUCGUGUAGAAGCAGAAAUCACUAUGUUUGAUGACAACAUUGUUAUCUAUAAGUUUGUCCAGGACCUGCACUUCUAUGUUACUGGGGGUGACGAAGAUAAUGAACUCAUAUUGGCUUCAGUCCUCCAGGGAUUCUUUGAUGCGGUUGCUCUUCUCUUGAGGAAUACUGUUGACAAAAGGGAGGCACUUGAGAACUUGGAUCUCAUCUAUUUAUGCCUUGAUGAGAUUGUUGAUCAAGGGAUGAUACUUGAAACAGAUACCAGUGUUAUUGCAGGAAAGGUAGCGAUCCAAAGCCUGGAUGCUGGGGCACCGUUGUCCGAGCAGACUAUAAGCCAAGCAUUGGCUACAGCACGAGAACACUUGGCAAGAACCCUCCUAAAAUGAUUUAGAAUGAAGCAACAAUCCAUCU